UCUCAGGGAGAACGCCGAAAACAUGUACUGCUUCUCCGCGCUGGCGCUGACGCUGAACGAGCCGGAGGACGGCGUGGGGCCGACGGACAGCCGCCUGCGGCCCGACCAGCGGCUGAUGGAGGCGGGCCGCUGGGACGAGGCCAACGUGGAGAAGCAGCGGCUGGAGGAGAAACAGCGAGCCGUGAGGAGGAGGAGGGAGGCGGAGGCCACGGACGCGCUGGAGGAAGAGUGCGAUUAUGACUCUGGGCGAGAGUACGAGGGCUACCAGCCGUGUUGGUUCCAGAAGAGGACGGACUCCCUCACGGGGGAGACCAUCUUCGUGUACAAGGGGGGCUACUGGGAGGCCAAAGAGAGACAGGAGUGGAACAUGUGCCCGGAAAUCUUCUGAGCCCUGGGCGUCCCCCCCACCCCGGCCCGCCCCCGCCAGGGGACUGUGACAUCAUCAGCAGGGGGCGGGGUCUGAGUGGAUCUCCUAGUGCCGCCUGCCCUCAUCACACCGGCCCAGAGACGCCGCGAUGCGAUUCAUUACACACACACACCCCCCCCCCGGCCCACUGACCCACGGACACUGUCUGUGUGUGUGUGUAUGUGUGUGUGUGUGUGAGUGUGUGAGAG